AGACGCAGGAGACCUGCAGUCUCUCAUAACGGCGGUUAAUGCAGAAGCACCAUGGCGGACAAAUCGCAGAUCCAGGAGGCGCUUAAAGUGCAGGGAGAGUUGGUGCGAAAACUCAAGGCAGAAAAAGCCAACAAGGAUCAGUGCUAGGGUCGCUCACCACUUUUCUCCUGUUCUUGCUGCUUGCUGCUGUGAUUCCUCCAUAUUUCCUCCAUCCUCAUCAUCGUGGGCGUCAUUGUCCUCUUGUUCUCCUGAACGCUGGUCUCCUGAAUGCUGUACAAACACUCGGAUUUCACUAUUUCCUGACCCAAAUUGUGGGUGAUGACCUGCUCCUGAACUGUGUGUGAAAAUGACUGCUCUCGGCUUGGCUUGUGUGCGUCUCUGUGCUGGAUUGACGUUACGCCGGGCUUCACCGUGGCUCCGUCCCCUGCGUUGCCUUUCUGGGAUGACCAUAUCUCAGAUCGAUGAAGAAGUUGCCAAACUGUUAGAGCUGAAGGCUCGGCUCGGAGGAGACGAUGGCAAACAAACUUUUGUUCUUAAGACACCGAAGGGGACCAGGGAUUACAAUCCAAAACAGAUGGCCAUCAGAGAGAAGGUCUUCAGUAUCAUUAUCAGCUGCUUUAAGCGCCAUAACGCUGUGACCAUCGACACUCCUGUUUUUGAGCUCAAGGAAACAUUGACAGGGAAAUAUGGUGAAGACUCCAAACUCAUUUACGACCUGAAGGACCAAGGAGGAGAGCUGCUGUCUCUCAGAUACGACCUCACCGUUCCUUUUGCUCGCUACUUGGCCAUGAACAAGAUCACAAACAUUAAACGCUACCACAUUGCUAAAGUGUACCGCCGAGACAACCCAGCCAUGACCCGGGGCCGCUACCGCGAGUUCUACCAGUGUGAUUUUGACAUUGCAGGACAGUACGACCCAAUGAUGCCUGAUGCAGAAUGUUUGAGAAUUGUUUACGAGAUCCUGAGUGAGCUGGACCUGGGCGACUUCCGCAUUAAGGUGAAUGACCGGCGAAUUCUAGACGGUCUGUUUGCGGUGUGCGGCGUACCAGAGGAAAAAUUCCGCACCAUCUGCUCAACUGUGGACAAACUGGACAAGCUGCCAUGGGAAGAUGUUAAGAAUGAGAUAGUGAACGAAAAAGGUCUUUCUGAGGAAGUGGCACAUCAAAUUGGGGAGUAUGUCAGUAUGCAGGGUGGACUGGACCUGGCAGAGAAGCUGCUAAAGGACCCGAAGCUGUCUCAAAACGAGCAGGCGCUUGCUGGACUGACUGACAUGAAGCUCCUGUUCAGUUACCUGCAGCUCUUACAGAUCACAGAUAAGGUGGUGUUUGAUCUUAGUCUGGCACGUGGCUUGGACUAUUACACCGGUGUGAUAUACGAGGCUGUGCUGUGCCAAGCGCUGCAGCCAGAGGUGCCGGCGGUUAAGGAGCAGAAAGGAGCUGGGGAUGAGGCUGGGGUGAAUGUGGGCAGUGUGGCGGGCGGGGGGCGAUACGAUGGAUUAGUGGGCAUGUUCGACCCCAAGGGAAGAAAAGUCCCCUGUGUGGGUGUCAGCAUCGGGAUUGAGAGGAUCUUCUCAAUAAUGGAACAAAAGGCGGAGAUGUCUGCAGAGAAAAUCCGUACCACAGAGACACAAGUGCUGGUGGCAUCUGCACAAAAAAAUCUCCUGGACCAGAGAUAUCAACUUAUCACUGAAUUGUGGACUGCAGGUAUUAAGGCUGAGAUGCUUUUAAAAAAGAACCCCAAGCUGCUUAAUCAGCUUCAGCAUUGUGAGGAGAUGGGCAUCCCCCUGGUGGCCAUUUUGGGGGAACAAGAAAUCAAGACUGGAGUUGUAAAACUCCGUAAUGUGGCCACCCGUGAAGAGGUGGAUGUGUCCAGGGAAAACGUGGUAGAGGAGAUCAAGAGGCGGACACUAAAUAUUUAAAUGUUAAUGCUCAAUAAAAAAUGUUCUAUUAUA